AUGGAAUAUUUAUUACACAUUAGUUACAAUUUAGAUUUUAAAAUAGGCUACGCAAGGGGAGACAAUAAAAUUUUAAAAGCCGAAAGAAAAAAAAAGAUCCAAAAUAUGUUAAAAUCGAAAUUGUCAUUAACUGUUGACGUUGUAAAACAAGGCUCAGGGACAACAAACACUAGGAAUGUUGCACGGUCCUUUUUCGCACAUGCUGAAAGUGUAGCAGAAAUUACAGGAUUAAAUACAGACGUGAUAAAACGACUGGGAAACAUUUUGCAGGUAUUAGCAUGUGGCAAAGAUAUAAAUUUUGAAAAAUUUGGUCGAUACUGUUUAGAUACCGCAAAACUAUGCCUCGACUUAUAUAAUUGGUACUGUAUGCCACCAUCAGUACAUAAGGUUUUACUACAUGGUAGUGAUAUCAUUCAACAUUUAGAUUUGCCAAUUGGUUGUCUAUCAGAAGAAGCGCAAGAAGCAAGUAAUAAAAUUUUUAGAAAAGCUCGAGCUUGCCACAGUAGGAUGAAAUUAAGAAAAUGCACUAACGAGGAUAUAAUGCAUUAUCUUUUGAUUUUAUCUGAUCCUGUAAUUAGUAAUAUUCGAGUAAAGCAAAAGAAAGCACCGAAAGAAUUUUCACCUAAAAUGAAAGAUCUCUUAAUUAAGUCUUAAAAUAAGUACAUAAGAGAUCUUUUAUUUAAGGAUUGCAUAAAAUAUAAAACUAUAAGUGCAUGCGUGUGCGUGUAUGCGAAUAAAACAC